GGCACCAGGGCUGUUUCUCUGAGGGGAUUGGAAACACAGCACAAUGAGGAGUAGAAGUAACUCAGGGGUCCGACUGGACGGCUAUGCAAGGCUGGUUCAUCAGACCAUCCUAUGCCACCAGAAUCCAGUGACUGGCUUGCUUCCAGCCAGCUAUGAUCAGAAAGACGCUUGGGUCCGGGAUAAUGUGUACAGCAUCUUGGCUGUGUGGGGUUUGGGUCUGGCCUACCGGAAGAAUGCAGACCGGGAUGAGGAUAAGGCAAAGGCCUAUGAACUGGAACAGAGUGUAGUGAAGCUGAUGAGGGGACUACUACACUGCAUGAUAAGACAGGUUGAUAAAGUAGAAUCCUUCAAGUAUAGUCAGAGCACCAAGGAUAGCCUCCAUGCCAAGUACAACACCAAGACCUGUGCCACUGUAGUGGGUGAUGAUGAAUGGGGACACCUGCAAUUGGAUGCUACCUCUGUGUACCUGCUCUUCUUAGCACAAAUGACUGCUUCAGGACUCCAUAUCAUCCAUAGCCUAGAUGAAGUCAACUUCAUACAGAACCUUGUGUUUUACAUUGAAGCUGCAUAUAAAACGGCUGAUUUUGGGAUAUGGGAACGUGGAGACAAGACCAACCAAGGAAUCUCUGAAUUGAAUGCCAGUUCAGUUGGAAUGGCGAAGGCAGCCCUGGAGGCAUUAGAUGAGCUGGACCUGUUUGGUGUGGAAGGUGGGCCCCAAUCAGUUAUCCAUGUCUUGACUGAUGAAGUACAACACUGCCAGUCUAUUCUGAAUUCAAUACUCCCGCGAGCUUCAACAUCAAAAGAAGUUGAUGCUAGUCUACUUUCAGUUAUUUCUUUCCCAGCCUUUGCUGUAGAGGACAACCGUUUGGUGGAGCUUACAAAACAGGAGAUCAUCACCAAGCUUCAGGGUCGUUAUGGAUGCUGUCGCUUUCUAAGAGAUGGAUAUAAAACUCCUAAAGAGGAUCCGAAUCGUCUCUACUAUGAGCCAGCUGAGCUGAAGUUAUUUGAAAACAUUGAGUGUGAAUGGCCAUUGUUCUGGACAUAUUUUAUCCUUGAUGGGGUUUUCGGUGGCAAUGCAGAACAGGUUCAAGAAUAUAGAGAGGCUCUUGAAGCAGUCCUUAUCAAAGGCAAAAAUGGAGUCCCACUUCUGCCAGAACUGUACAGUGUUCCUCCUGACAAGGUUGAUGAAGAAUAUCAGAAUCCUCACAGUGUAGAUCGAGUCCCCAUGGGCAAGUUGCCACACUUGUGGGGUCAAUCUCUAUACAUCUUGGGAAGCUUGAUGGCAGAGGGAUUUUUAGCACCUGGAGAAAUUGAUCCCCUGAACCGUAGAUUUUCUACUGUACCAAAGCCAGAUGUUGUGGUUCAAGUUUCAAUUUUGGCUGAGACAGAAGAGAUAAAAGCCAUUUUGAAGGACAAAGGAAUUGAUGUGGAGACCAUUGCUGAGGUGCACCCCAUCAGAGUUCAACCAGCUCGUAUUCUCAGCCACAUUUAUUCCAGCCUAGGAUGCAAUAGUAAAAUGAAACUCAGUGGACGACCCUACAGACACAUGGGAGUCCUUGGAACUUCAAAACUCUACGACAUUAGACAAACUAUAUUUACUUUCACUCCACAGUUCAUAGAUCAGCAACAGUUCUACUUGGCUCUGGACAACAAGAUGAUAGUGGAAAUGCUUAGAACAGACCUUUCCUACCUCUGUAGUCGUUGGAGAAUGACGGGGCAGCCCACCAUCACCUUCCCUGUUUCACACACCAUGCUUGAUGAAGAUGGAACCAGCUUGAAUUCAACUAUCUUGGCAGCACUCCGAAAAAUGCAAGAUGGCUAUUUUGGUGGGGCAAGGGUUCAAACAGGUAAAUUGUCAGAGUUCUUAACAACGUCUUGCUGCACGUACUUAAGCUUCAUGGACCCUGGGCCUGAGGGUAAGCUGUGCAUUGAUUAUGAUGACACUGAGCUGGAAUCUGGUGACUGGAUGGAUGACUUUGAUUCAACUAGUUAUGAUGUUCACAUGUAUCCUCCUAUGAAGUUAUUUCAGGCUUCCCGGCCUUCACUCAAUUUACUUGACUCUUCUGAUUCCCGACAGGAGGACCAGGUUCCCUCUAUUCAUGUAGAAAUGCAUCUUCCUAGAGACCAGUCAGGGGAGGUGGACUUCAAAACACUGGUUUUACAGUUAAAGGAGAACUCAAACUUACAAGAGCAAGCCGAUACACUCUACAUGCUCUACACCAUGAAAGGACCUGAUUGGGAUACUGGAUUGUAUGUUGAAGGGAGUGCUACAGUCAGAGAGCUGCUUACUGAACUAUAUGACAAAGUUGGUGAAAUUAGACAUUGGGGCCUAAUCCGAUACAUCUCUGGAAUCUUGAGAAAGAAGGUGGAAGCCCUUGAUGAGGCCUGCACAGACCUUCUCUCUCACCAGAAACAUUUGACCGUAGGACUCCCCCCAGAACCUCGAGAAAAGACCAUUUCUGCACCUCUGCCCUAUGAAGCACUCACUCAGCUGAUAGAUGAAGCCAGUGAAGGGGAUAUGAGCAUUUCAAUUCUUACACAGGAAAUAAUGGUAUAUUUAGCCAUGUAUAUGCGAACUCAGCCUGGCCUCUUUGCUGAAAUGUUUCGACUUCGAAUUGGUCUGAUCAUACAAGUUAUGGCAACAGAAUUAGCCCACUCUCUUCGAUGCUCAGCUGAGGAAGCCACGGAGGGCCUGAUGAAUCUCAGUCCUUCAGCUAUGAAGAGCCUCCUUCAUCACAUUCUCAGUGGCAAGGAGUUUGGAGUGGAGAGAAGUGUUCGUCCCACUGAUUCAAAUAUCAGCCCUGCUAUUUCUAUCCACGAGAUUGGUGCUGUUGGAGCAACUAAAACGGAACGAGCUGGGAUCACACAGUUAAAAAGUGAGAUAAAGCAGUCACCUGGAACCACUAUGACUCCAAGUAGUGGGUCUUUUCCUAGUGUAUAUGGUCAACAGACAUCUAUAGACAAUCGUCAAGGUCAGUGGCAACGCCGAAGAAGGCUGGAUGGAGCAUUAAACAGAGUCCCAGUUGGAUUUUAUCAAAAAGUAUGGAAAGUUUUGCAGAAGUGUCAUGGACUUUCUGUGGAAGGUUUUGUACUUCCUUCUUCAACCACUAAGGAGAUGACUCCAGGCGAGAUUAAAUUCUCUGUUCAUGUGGAAUCUGUCCUGAAUCGUGUACCUCAGCCUGAGUAUCGUCAGCUUCUGGUUGAAGCUAUCCUUGUCCUCACUAUGCUGGCAGAUAUUGAAAUUCAUAGCGUUGGAAACAUCCUUGCUGUGGAAAAAAUAGUGCAUAUUGCUAAUGACUUGUUCCUUCAAGAACAGAAAACCCUCGGUGCAGAUGAUAUUAUGUUGGCAAAGGAUCCUGCAUCUGGCAUCUGUACUCUUCUGUAUGACAGUGCACCCAGUGGCAGAUUUGGCACCAUGACUUACCUCUCCAAAGCAGCCGCCACCUACGUAAAGGAGUUCUUGCCCCACAGCAUCUGUGCAAUGCAGUGAGGGCUCUGAGUCCUCGCUGCUGGAAGUCUUUUGGCAGUUGUUUUCUGUCUCAGUUGACCACACAUAAACUGAAAGUUUAUUGCCUGAUUACUUCUAGCCUACCCCUUUCUAUCCUAUCCCUCCCAAGAAGAGAAAUUUAUUCCUAUAAACUAACAUUUUUAGAAGAAGUGAAACUACCUGGAAGUUCACUU